AUGCCUCACAGAUCAAAAACUGCCUGUGCUUUAUGCAAAGCCGAGAAGAAAUGUUGCGAUAAGAAACGUCCGAAGUGUAGUCACUGCACAGAUGAGAACGUUGCUUGCUCCUACCCUUUAACUUUGAGAUGGGGAGGGAGACCUUACAAAGACAAAACCAAGCAGAUCAAAAUACCUAAGAAUACUGUACUUGUGGAUGGAGUGCUAAUGGUCAGAGAUAAAAGUCAUCUCUCCCCAAACAGAUAUGAGAGAAGGAGUCGCCUUGUUCUGAUUAAUGAAGGACCUGUUUUCACCAAAGAUAUUACGAAAGGCAAGGUUCGUAAGGCUGUGGAAGGUGCUUCAGAGGAAUCGAGUGUUCAGAUUUCGAAUCCUUGCUAUUUUACGCCCCAAGGCUCCAUGCCCUCAUUGAAACUGCUAAACUGCUCCUUGGAACACUCAACAUUCUUUGAAUUCUACGUUUACAAAACCUCCUAUCAUUUCGUGGCUCUGAACAAGGGCUGCAAGUCAAACCCUUUUCACACAAUAGUCCCACAGAUGGCCAUGUUCAACCCAUCUUUGAUGAAACUUGUCAUGGCUUUCGGAGGAGAACAUAGGGAGCGAUUUCGCCGCCUGGAAAAUCCGCAGUUGUGUUAUUCGUUAGAUGAAGAUUUCGUGGGCAAGAAACCACUUACUAUGACAGGACAGGAGCUUCUCAAGCAAGGCGUUAUGGAGCUGGUUGAUCAAUUGGCAUCUCCUAAGACAGUUAUCGAUGACACAGUCCUUGCAAGUGUGCUUGUUCUUGCGAGCUUCUGUAUUUACUUUGGCACUAUUGAGAAUAAGUGGCAUGCCCACUUGUAUGGGGCUGAGGGAAUCAUUUUGAGAGAACUGAAAGAGAAAUCAAAAAUCGAAAAGGGUCUACUCCGUUAUACUUGCGAACAGGGGCCUUACUUCUUUUUGAGAAGAUGGUUUGCAUAUAUGCGAAUCUGGGGGUGCAUAUCUUCUGCAAGUUUCCGACAGAAGACAGUUGAAAGGCCUCUCUUGGAAAUUGAUUUUGAAGAGGCACAAGAUCCAAGGAGACAUAAAAACGGCGAUGUGGACUAUGCUCUAUAUACAAGCGGGAUGGAAUCGCUUGUUCUCUCUUAUCUCGCACAAGUGGCGAAUCUGAUUUUGAAGUCAGAAACUCGGCCUCCAGGAUCAGAUAGGGAGUAUAUCUUUAGAGAUGCUGUUGAGUUGGAGUAUAAAAUAAUGAACUAUUUGGGUAGCCGUAAGCAAGAAGGAGAAGCUUCUCUGAAACGAUUUUUACCUUUAACUGAGGGGGCGCCAUGCGACUCUACAAAGCAAUAUUCGAUUCUAAUUGCUACAAAUAUGCUUUUUGGGCUAACUGGAGUACUACAACUAAGGAGGAGGGUGCUAGGACUAACACAUGAGAGCCUUUUGGUUCAAAAUUUGGUCCUUAAAAUAACAGAUCUUAUUGAAAAAAAACUAUCAACAGGGACAUUCGUCCAGCCUUGUUUACUCUUUUGCUUUUUCAGCUGCGGCUGUGAGUUGUUAGAUGAGUCACUUGUACCAAAACGCACACUGUUCUUGAACUUGUUGGAUUCUCUAAUUAGAGAUGGAGUGGAAAGUGCACGGCAAGCGAGAUCAGCCAUGCAGGAGUGCUGGCGGACGUCCAAGCCCUGGUGGGAAGUCCUGAAGGAGCGAGGUCUUGACAUUUGUUUUGCGAUAUGA